UAGCCGAUUUAUAUAGAUAAGAAGGUAUACACUUAGUGCGUUGUGAUCUAGUCUGAUAUAGUCAAAAGUUAUUAACAGUUGAUAUAAACAAACAGAAAUGGCUGCAGGAUUAUCUCCAGUGGUAUCUGAUCUAGAGAUCAAUAGGCUAUUUACAGUGAUAGAAAGUAAACGCGUUGAAGUAAAAAUAGGAAAGGAUGAACGUUCAUGCCAUAUAUAUGGUAUAACAGUACUGCCAAAAGGAGAUAUCAUUUUAAUUAACAGUGGGAUUGGAAAGCUCAAGCUGCUGUCAACGAACUACAAGGUUGUGGACCAUGUUCGCGUACCAGAGAUGCCAUUGGGCAUUUGUGCUGUGUCCGACAACCAGGUGGCUGUAUGCACUUCUGGAAAGAAGAUAUUGUUUUUCGAUGUAGAAGACAGCAAACUCCUCAAGAUGGAGCGGGAAAUUGAACUGACCCAUGAUUGCAACCAUGUGUCAUACAUGGCAAGGCACCUCAUAAUAUCGUCUGACGAUACAGUGUACCAAUACACACUAGCUGGUCAGAGAGUAAGGGAGAUCUUCACAACAGAUGGGUGGGGUUUGUAUGGAAUUGCAGUAAGCCCUUCCAGACUUUACAUCACGAAUUACAAAGAAAACAAACUGAUAACGGUGGACAUGCAGGGCGAAGUUCUCGCUACACUGAUUGAUAAGGACCUUGAUCGCCCCACAGAUGUGUGUGUGUCCCCUAGUGGACAGGUGUUUGUGUGUGGCUAUAUUUCCAACACCAUCUUACAGGUGGACAGUCAGGGCAAACAAAAGUUGGCUACACUGGCCAACAAGAAGAACGAUGUUUCUUGCCCACAAUCAAUGUACUUUAACAGUAGGACAGCAUCCCUUUUUGUAGGUCAAAACAAUACUGAUGAUCUUUUGGUGUUGCAACUUAAAUGAAAAAGAAAUCCUAUUACCAUUAAAUUAUCAUAGAACUUAAUGUUAACUAAUAUAAACUGAUUUAAAUACAAGUAAGAAUCAUUGAUAAAAGGAAUUGUGUAAACUGAUUAACUAUAAAGUUUUUCAAUUUAUUUGUCAUCUGCUUAUCAUCUGUUAUCAGCUGUUUAGUGAUAAACUAUAUAGUAUUCAAUUCAAUUGUCAUCUGCGCACAUCUGUUAUCAGCUGUUUAGUGAUAAGAUAUAUAGUAUUCAAUUCACUUGUCAUUUUCUAAUCAUAUUUUAUCAGCUGUUUAGUGAUAAACUAUAUAGUAUUCAAUUCAUUUGUCAUAUGCUUAUCAUCUGUUAUCAGCUGUUUAUUGAUAAACUAUAUAGUUUUCAAUUCAUUUGUCAUUUUCUUAUCAUAUGUUAUCAGUUGUUUAGUGAUAAACUAUAAAGUAAUCAAUUCAUUUGUCAUCUGCUUAUCAUCUGUUAUCAGCUGUUUAGUGAAAAACUAUAUAGUAUUCAAUUCAAUUGUCAUCUGCUUAACAUAUGCUACCAGUUGUUUAGUGAUAAACUAUAUAGUAUUUAAUUUAUUUGUUAUCUUCUUAUCAUCUGUUAAUAUCUGUUUAGUGAAAAACUAUAUAGUAUUCAAUUCAAUUGUCAUCUGCUUAACAUAUGCUACCAGUUGUUUAGUGAUAAACUAUAUAGUAUUUAAUUUAUUUGUUAUCUUCUUAUCAUCUGUUAUCAGCUGUGUAGUGAUAAACUAUAUAGUAUUCAAUUCAUUUGUCAUCUGCUUAUCAUCUGUUUACAGCUGUUUAGUGAUAAACUAUAUAGUAUUCAAUUCAUUUGUCAUUUUCUUAUCAUAUGUUAUCAGCUGUUUAGUGAUAAACUAUAUAGUAAUCAAUUCAU